AUCACACACAUGCAGUGUAGCCUUUCAAUAUUUAUUGCUCACCAGGAAUUAGGGUUUCUGCAUUUCCAGGAGCAGACGAAGCGCGGCGAGCUCGGCUACUGUAACAAUGGUUCUCAAGACAGAGCUUUGUCGUUUCAGUGGUGCCAAGAUAUACCCAGGGAAGGGUAUCAGAUUUAUUCGCUCGGAUUCACAGGUCUUCCUCUUUGCCAACUCAAAAUGCAAGAGGUAUUUUCACAACCGCCUGAGGCCUGCAAAGCUUACAUGGACUGCUGUAUACAGGAAACAACAUAAGAAGGACAUUGCUGCUGAAACUGUGAAGAAGAGGCGCCGAACCACCAAGAAGCCCUACUCUAGAUCAAUUGUUGGUGCAACCUUGGAAGUCAUACAGAAGAAAAGAGCUGAAAAGCCAGAAGUCCGUGAUGCUGCACGUGAAGCUGCUUUACGUGAAAUAAAGGAGAGAAUAAAGAAGACCAAGGACGAGAAGAAGGCAAAGAAGGCUGAGUUGAUGUCCAAAUCACAGAAGGCCUCCAAGGGCAACGUGCCUAAGGGUGCUAUACCCAAGGGUCCUAAGCUUGGAGGCAGUGGUGGCAAGCGUUAAUUUCCUAAGUGUUUUAAAUGUUGUCGCUGCUUCAUUAUGAAUGAUAUUGUAAGACUGUCGAUGUUCAAUUCCAAUUUGGGCGUUGGCCUUUUAUAGUUUUGAGCGUUAGCUUGUAAGACUUAUUUGACAAGGAGUUUUUUUUGAGAGCAAUAUAGCAUACAAUAUUUAAUCUCCUACUGAAACCCGAAAGAAGAUUCAUUCGACACUGAUUUGAGAUUUGUUGUCC